AUGUGGUUUCCAGAUGCCAAAACAAAUGCUUUGCCAUUGACGGUUCUGAGUAGUUAUAAUCUUUCAAAGGUGGUGCUGAUGAUAAAGAUGAUGAUGACUUUUAUACUGACAUCUCACAAUUCACAAGCCCAACCUGGAGGCAGUGACUGGGACACAACAACAGAGAACCUUCAUUUUAUUAAAAACGACAACAAAACGGACAUAGAAACUAAAGACAAAAAAGGUCUAAGUGACUUUCUCAAGGUAACAUCAAGAGAAAUUAGAAACCAAACCAGCAUCUCUGACUUUCUGCUCCUGGGCUUCUCUGAACACCCAGAGCACUGGCCGCUCCGGUUUGGGCUCUUCCUGGGCAUGUACCUGGUCACCGUGUUGGGGAACCUGCUCAUCAUCCUGGCCAUAGGUUCUGACCAGCACCUCCACACUCCCAUGUACUUUUUCCUGGCCAACUUGUCCUUCAUCGAUACCUGCUUUUCUAGUACUAUUGUCCCCAAGCUGCUAGUGAACAUCCAGACACAGGACCACACCAUCUCCCACACUGGGUGCCUCGUGCAGAUGUAUUUCUUCAUGGCGUUGGCCCUGCUGGAUGACUUCCUGCUGGCUGUGAUGGCAUAUGAUCGCUACGUGGCUAUCUGUCUUCCUCUACACUACACCACGAUUAUGUGUCCCCAACGCUGCCUAUUGCUGGUUACCACAUCCUGGCUCUGCGGUCACUUCCUGGCCUUCUCACUCACUCUCCUGAUGUCUCAGUUCUCUUUCUGUGCCUCCCAUUCCAUCCAACACUUCUUCUGUGAUCUUCUCCCACUCCUCAGACUUACCUGCUCAGACACCCAUGUUUUUCACAUCAUGAUGUUUUCUGAGGCAGCUCUCUCAGGAGUGGUCCCCCUCACCUGUGUCCUGGUCUCUUAUGUCCACAUCGUCCAUACCAUCCUCAGGGUCCCCUCUGCUGGGGGGAAGCACAGAGUCUUCUCUACCUGUGGUUCUCACCUGUCAGUGGUCACUCUCUUUUAUGGAACUGUCUUUCUGGUGUAUUUCCAGCCCUCCUCCUCCUACUCAGCAGACACUGGAAUGGUGGCAUCUGUGAUGUAUACAAUGGUGACCCCCAUGCUGAACCCCUUUAUCUACAGCCUGAGGAACAGGGACAUGAAGGGGGCUUUGUGGAGACUCUUUGGUUAG